AUGGCCGCCCUGAGCAGGUUCAUCUCCAGGCUAUCCGACAAGUCACAUGCCUUCUUCAAAAGCUUGAAGGACCCCAAUGACUUCCAAUGGACUGAUAAAUGUGAGCAAGCCCUAUCCGAUCUCAAAUCCUAUCUCACUACUCCACCUCUCCUCUCCAAACCCUUGGAAGGUGAGACGCGGAGACCCGGGAACAGCCUUAUCAACGCUGCUCGAAAGCUACGCUCCUACUUCCAGGCUCAUCAAAUCGUGGUGGUCACAUCUCUCCCCAUCAAAGCAGUCCUCCACAAGCCGGAAGUGUCUGGGCGACUAGAAAAAUGGGCUUUAGAGCUGGGGGAGUACGAUGUGAACUUCCGGUCUGCAACAGCCAUCAAAUCGCAAGUCCUAGCAUAUUGCGUAGCCGAAUUCUUUCCUGCCAUGCUUCCAGCCUUGGAACAAGAGGUAAAACUUCGUGAUAGCGAAGGGGAGAAAUGCGAGUGGGCAAUAUACAUCGAUGGGUCUAGUAACGUGAGGGGCGCAGGCGUGGGACUAGUCCUAACUUCCCCUACGGGAGAAUCAGCCUCAAGGGCCAUGGGAGUAGAAGACAUCCAGGUCUUCAGCGACUCACAACUGAUCAUAAGCCAAGUCCAAGGAGACUAUCAGGCGAAAGAUCCGAGUAUGAUCAGGUAUCUAUCCGUGGCUAAACGACUACUCGAUAGGUUCCGACACUGUAAGCUCACCCAGAUCCCUAGGGAGCACAACUCCCAGGCCGACACUCUAGCUAAUCUAGGGUCCGCCCUAGAAACUACGAGUCAUAUGAGCAUCCCACUACUAGUACUCCAAUGGCCCGCAACUGAAAAGGAGACGGAGCCUGAAGAAGUAUCCGUAGUAGACGAAGGAGAGACCUGGAUGACUCCCAUCAUUAGCUAUCUAAGGUACAGCACCUUGCCUGAAGAUCGAGACGAAAGUCGAAAGAUAAGGUGCCAGGCUGCAAGGUACUGUUUUUCCGAGGGGAAACUGUACCGAAGAUCCUUUUCAGGACCAUAUCUACGAUGUCUUACCCCUAGAGAAGCCGCCAGGAUACUAGAAGGGCUUCACGAGGGAGAGUUCGGUUCUCACUCUAGUGGUCGAAGCCUGGUACUCAGAGCCAGAAGGGCUGGAUACUACUGGCCAACCAUGGCGAGGGAUUCCCUCAAACAGGCCAAGCUCUGUAGUCAAUGCCAGAAGCACGCACAAGUCUCCAACCUUCCACCAGAGAACCUCAAAUCCCUAAGGUUCAGUCAAUUCACUAACAGGAUCCAGGUCCUAGAUAUUGAUACCCGUCCAAGGGAUCAACCUUUACAAGGGUCCAGCCCUCACGAGGGGUCAAUUCCUACAAGGGUCCAUCCCUCUCAAGGUUUCAGCCCUUUCAAGGAUCCACCCCUUCCAACAAAUCUGCAAGUCUAUCUAGACAUUCUUGCAUCUUGA